AUGCCUGCAUUCACAACCCCACCACCAACGAAACUAGGUGGCUACCAGAAAGACUGGUUAAAUUAUACAAUGAACCCAGGGACUCUCUCCCUGAGAAUUCUUCUCCUUUUUCUCUUGCAGAUGGCGAAAAUAAAAAUGACAGCUUGGCCGCUGAACCUGCAGAAUCGGUUCAACAACCUGCCACUACUCUUCUUCCUAACUCUUAGCUCCCUCCCUCCCACCCCUGCUGCCUUUGCUGCAGCUCCUGGCCCUUACCAGGUCUAUAACUUUACCUGGGUUAUUCUUACUGAGACUGGCGAUGUAGCCAAUGCCACCUCUAUUAUAGCUCCCACAGUCCCAUGGCCGGAUCUUUUUGUUGAUAUGUGUGCUCUUCCUACGCCUAGCGACUACUGGGUCACCCCUGAUUUUAUUUCUCCUCACAAUGAUCUUCAGCCCAAGGCUACUCCCGGCUGCUACAGCGCUUUAAGCCGAUCAUCCUUGCUUGACACACCCAUUUAUGUGUGUCCUGGAGGCUUCCAUAGAGAUCAACACUAUCGCUCCUUAGCCCACAGCUGUGGAGACAGAUCUAGCUUUUUUUGCGCUGCUUGGGGCUGUGAAACAACUGGGGACACUCAUUGGACACCCUCUUCCUCCUGGGAUUUUAUCACUGUCCGCCGCCUUCGACCCCCCAUCAAGCGGCCAUUACGUUCCCUGCAUCCCUGCUACAAAGGAUGGUGCAACCCGUUGCAUAUCCAAUUUACCACAGCUGGCAAAAAAUACUCUUGGGACAAUACUCUCACUUGGGGCCUACGCCUUUACUGUACAGGCUAUGACAAGGGCUUUACCUUUUCCAUAAAACUUCUUAAAGAAAUCCCCUUUUCUCGCCCCAUAGCUGUUGGCCCCAAUCCUCUUUUGCACCCCUCCGGUGGUGGCCCCUUCUUACCCCAGGCACCGCCCAAGGCGUUGCCCCCUCCUCCGCCCUGCUCCUUCACAGCCAAGCCAGAUGCUGCAGCCGCUGCUGUUACUAAGUUCCAGCCUACUAUCCCUGCGGGACCUGUCUCCACGGCUGACCUCAUCCUGCAAAUGGUUAAUGCAUCUGCCCAAGCUCUCUCCAUAACCCCCUAUGAACGCUGCUGGAUUUGCUACUCGCCGGUCCCACCGUUCUAUGAAGGCAUUGCAGCCUUCGGAACCCCCCUCUACACCAAUGACUCUGGUCUCCUUCGCUGGGGUACACAGCCUCAAAGACACGGACUGACAGUGGGACAAGUCGUGGGGUAUGGACUCUGUCUCCUUGGCCCCCAAAUGAUUCCUCCCAUUCCCUUGCUAGAAACCUGCAAUCAAACAUUUCAUGUUCAUGAACAAGCUCUUUUUCUUAUUGCCCCAAAUUUCACCUUUUUUGUUUGCUCCACCAGAUUAACCCCUCAUAUUAUUGUUAAUGUUUUUCUUGCUCACCGUGAUUAUUGUGUUUUGGCAAUUCUUAUGCCCAAACUCACUGUUCAAUACGAAUCGGACUUAUUGCCUCACUCUGGUACCUCCCCUGGUCUCUCUCGUGCUAAACGCGAACCUGUAACAGCCAUCACCCUGGCCGUCCUUGUUGGCCUUGGCGCCGCUGGUGCAGGUACAGGUAUCUAUUCCCUCAUCCGCACUGAGGGGUCUAUAGGCUUUCUAACAAACACUGUUGUUAAGGAUAUAGAGGAGCUUAAAAAAGGUCUCGAUUAUUUACAACAAACUGUUGGCUCCUUGGCUGAAAUGGUAUUGCAAAAUCGCCGAGCCCUUGACCUUGCCUUUUUAAAGGAGGGAGGAAUGUGUGUUGCCUUAAAAGAAGAAUGUUGCUUUUUUAAAGAUAAGUUAGGCCUUGUUAAGGAUAGCAUAAAAAAGGUUGAAGAAAGUCUAGCUGAAACCAAGAAAACCUUGGACAGGGAGGAAAGCUGGUAUAAAAAUUGGUUUUCCACAUCUCCCUGGUUAUCCACCCUUCUAUCCACGCUGCUUGGCCCAUUCAUUGGGUUCAUGCUGCUCAUUUCUUUUGGUCCAUGGGCAUUUUGCCGCCUAAUUGGCUUUAUAAAAACCCAGAUUAAUGAGGCUACAAAAAAAUCUGUGGGCAUUUACUACCAGCAGCUCCAGCCUCAUGAGCCCCCCAUUGCUGAUACUACUGAGGGCGAAGAGAGCGCCCCUGAAGAACUGGAUUUUGAGGAACUGGAACGGCUCGCUAAGCGAAAGAAAUCCUUCCUCACACGGCUGUGGAAAUGCCUUUGA